AUGCAGCAUUGUAGUUUCUUCAAUACACCAAUUUCAUAGAAAGUGAAAUUUGUUAUUCAAAUUUAUCAUGUGCAAAACGUUUGUUGUCACCAGCAUCAUCAGGGACUUACUCACAUGUAUAGCUUCAACUCAUUCUGUUUUAGUGAGAUUGUAAUGUAUGAUGCUAAUUAUGUAACUCAAGGAAUCUAUGUUGAAUAUCGUUGAACAAUCAGCACUCUGCAGCUUUCUGAUUAAAAACUUUUUCUUUGUAAUUUUUAUUGGUCAUUUGCAGAAUUUUGAAAAUGCAGACAUGGUGAUUGAAGCAGUGUUUGAAGAUCUUAGCAUCAAACACAAAGUUAUCAAAGAAAUAGAACAGGUCAGAGAUGUUCACUGAAUGUUUACUUGUCAGAAUGAAGUUAUAAUGGGCACCUAGAGUUAUUCCCUACCUUCUUUGACGUUUCACAAGACAGGCACUUUUCUUAGGCAGAACCUUUUUGCUGAUCCAAACAGUCUCCUCUAGGAGGGAGUUUACUGUACUCUUUCGUAGAUUAAGCUCUCUGAUUUUACUUGGCAACCCAGACUGAAAGUGUUUCUCAAAACACACCUGAUACAGACAGGCGCAGAUAUCUAUACAUGUGUAGAAAAAUAAUAAUAACAUUGGUUUUUAUAACAGCUUCAAAUUCUCUAAUAUAGAUCAACUCAUUCUUACACUUAUAUUCAGAUCUGGGUUUAUGUGGGUUUAAAAAACUGGAAGUUAAGUCUAGCCGUGUCUUUAUCAGACAUAAAGAUACUCUAACUCAUUAAACUUUAAUUUCUUUUGCUUUUUCUUUAUGAAUAGUUAAUGAGUUUUUGAAUGGUUUCCAACUUGUAGGUCAUCCCUGAACAAUGUGUAUUUGCAUCAAAUACAUCAGCUCUCCCCAUACAUCAGGUGACUAUAAUAUUGUGUAUCUCGCAAAACAUGUUUGUCGAGAUAUGAUUCAUUCACCUUCAUUUCCUCAGUGCAUGUGUUGUUUAUUGUUGGGAACCAAAAACAGCUAUGCCUUGUUUUUUUUAUAACUUUUUAAUCAGUGGUUAAAAAAAUGAUAAGUAAUCAAGACUGUCACUUUUCGUUCACUCUUUGUUUUUACUUGAACAUGCUAAAACAUUCCAUUUUCUUCAUUAAUGUUUCACAGAUUGCUCAAGCUAGUAAAAGACCAGAAAAGGUAAGCUACCAAUGCAACAUUGAAUCUCUAUUUCUUGAUUGAGUGCAAAGGGUGUCGUCUACCAGACAAGCAGUGUAAGAUGCUGCACUUUUUACUUUAAACUUUUCACCAAUAUAUGAGCUUGGGAGCUGGUGCCUUAAGGAUUGGUGGGGCUGGGCAAAUCUGUAGCAAGAAAAGGAGGUAUCCAUGGCAACCCUGGAAGUGGCCACCACCAGGCACCGUCACACUGAAUCACUCAGUGGAAUACUUACCACCAAUACUUACCUAUGUAGAAAGAACCAUUGGGAGGGUGGAGAGGACAGAAAAAUUUGCAAGGCAAUGGCAGGCAAGCUAAAUAUGACUUUACAAGUAACUGCAAGCCCCCUCUGAAUGCCUGGGGCCACCCCAAGCCUGGCAACUGAGAAACUACUCACCAGCAUUGUUUCUAUUGUAACCUUGCCUAAAUUCCAUUUAGCCAUGUUAUUCCAUAAAUUUUUUAUUGAUUAUGUUGAAUCUAAAGACAUAGCACUCCAUUGAGCUUGGGGCUUUGUAGGCUUUGAAAAUAUCAGUUUAAAAAAUUGUCUUUUUUAAUCACUUCUACAUUAUGUCCUGUAUUACAUGUAACUGCAUUGCAUUGCAUACUUAUACAGAAAGGAAAAAUAAUAGGACUGACCAGUUGAAUUAUUUGACAGGUUGUAGGAAUGCAUUAUUUUUCACCUGUGGAUAAAAUGCCACUUCUGGAAAUCAUAACUACUGAUAAGACUUCAGAUGAUACAGCUGGUGAGAGAACAGAAUUCUUGCUGUUAAUCAAGUGUUACAUGUAGUUGAAUUAAAGCUCGAAUCAUUUUUUGACAAGUGCGUUAGUGAUACGUUGUAUUUCUGUGAUUUUAAUCUUGUCUAGCUGCCGCUGUCAGUGUUGGUCUGAAGCAAGGAAAAACUGUGAUUGUAGUAAAGGUAUUUUUGGUUAUUUCCUCCUUAACCCUAGACUGCUAACAGUUCCUCAGGAUGGUCCCACGUUCGAGUAUGUUACAGGUGAGCAAGCAAGGCAAAUCAUGCAUUUACCUGGUUGCCCACACAAUAGUCACCUGUGCAAUAAUCCUAAGGGACUGCUAGUAGUCAACCUUUUACCCUGUUGCAAUGGUCAAAGGACAAAUUCUCCUGUUUUGCCUAUAACAUUGACAACAGAGUAGAUCUGUCUAAACCCUGUUUUUUUUUUUUGUAUCACCAACUGUUAAAUCUGUUGGAGGUCACUAUUUUUGGUUAAUUUUCUUUCCUUUUCAAGGAUGGUCCAGGAUUUUACACAACAAGAAUCCUGGCACCGACACUGGCUGAGGCUGUGGCCCUUCUGCAGGUUUGUAGACAGAGCAUUGCUGUAUUUUAUUGAGAAAAUACCAGUAUUUUCUCAAUAAAAUACCCGCACCAAUAAACAUCCUUAAUAAAUAAAAUAAUACUGUUCUGCAUUUACAUGCAAGUGCCUCAGCUAUUAUUUAUUUUGAGCCUUUUAUUAAUUGUAUUUUUAUUUUUCUGUGAUGAACUGAGUCACCUGAUUAUGACAUUGAUUUCAAUGUCUAAUCACUCUAUGCCUGGUACUAUUCCAUUUUCUCAAAAAAGUGCUUUAAUUUGUAAUUUUAUAGGAAGGAUUGAGUCCCAAAGAUUUAGAUAAACUAACCAAGCAGUUUGGAUUUCCUGUUGGAUCAGCAACUUUGGCUGAUGAGGUGAGACAUACCGUGGCCGUAAGUUUUAAAGACGAGACGGCGAAAUGGUUAUGAAGAUUUUUAUUAUGAGGUUGACAUUUUGUUGUCACCUUUUUCAGCAUCUUCUAAAGCUGGUGAAUUGGAGAGAAAAGUUAAGAAACAACAAAUGCUUUCAUUUAAGAUGUCUUUGCUUUAUUGUAUUUAGGUUGGUAUCGAUGUGGCUUCACAUGUUGCUGAGGAUCUUGGAAAAGCUUUCGGGGAAAGGUUAGUUAAAAGACGACUUCACUGUUAAGGGUUGACGCAAUGUGUUUUACUACUGUUAUUGAAUUCAAGGUAGAACACACUCCUAAUGUUCUUAGGUUGGAGUGAGAUUGUAUGGGAUAAUCCUUGUUAAUUGAUGUAAGUGCAGACCUUGCGACAUGUAUCUGCGUCCUGUAGAUUCUGCAAAAGUGAAUGACUAUCACCAACUUACCAAAAGAGGGAUAGCUUGGCUUCAAGAUUGGUUGAGCCCACUCCUUAACAAUAAUAAUUUUAUAGUAAAUGGCUACAAUAAUAUUGCAUAAAAAGGAACUCAAGAUUCCUCUAGGGAUGGUUCUUCAAGUGGUAUGUUAUCCUUGAGUCGAGAACCAAACUACAGUUUUGACUUAAUUAAUGAUAAUGAUUGAAGGGCAUGUAUUUUCUGUUUGUAGAUUCGGUGGUGGUAAUCCAGAACUCUUAAAAGCAAUGGUUGCUGGAGGACAUUUAGGUAUGAAUGGCAUUCUAUAAAUUAAGGAAAUCGUAGAAAUUUGGUUUGAAUUAAAUGAGAUUAAGGUGAGGGGGUUGUCGCAAUUUUUAAACUGCAAGAGCUCUUUCUGUGAUUUAAAAUUUGUGUUAUUAAAUUGGAUGCAAAUUAUUUUUACCUUUAGGAAGAAAAUCUGGGAAAGGUUUCUUUGUAUACUCAGGAAAAGGUGGCAAGAGAGAAGUAAGUCAGUUAAACAAUAAUUGAGCCUGAUUUAACGCUGUUUAAUAACCAUUCCAGGUAUUGCAAACUGGUGAAAACGUGAAAUCACAUCGCUUAUGACGUGAGAUUGUGCAGGACGAAAUAAGAGGGAACUUAGUAAAGUGUUUCUUUUCUCCAACGUGUCAACUCCUAGAUUUCUUUAAUGGUCGACGAUAAUUUCCCACGGUGUUACUCAGUAGGGGAGAGUUUGGUGACAAUUUGGUGAUAGAUUUAGCUUGGUAGCUCUAGUCUCUCACGAGCCUCACAGAUUGUAAAAGAGUUCUGGUGUUUUCCUUACUUAUCAGAGAAAUUUGGGAUGAUUGGUAAACAAUAAGAUUCGCGAUCAUUUAAGACUUUUACAACUUCACUUAUAAACACCUAUGCAAAUGCGAUUUGGCAAAGACUAAACGCCGACUCACGGCUUUUCUUGCAGAGUUAUGUUUUUUGUUUUGUACAAUCACCAUUUGGAAAUCUCCGAUGAUACGCCUCGUUUGCCCCCCUCCCCUCCCAAAAAGAAAACUUUGCAAAAGAAUCGUUUUUAGUCUCUCCUGGAUAUUGUAGUCGUCCCAGGACUUGAGUCUUUUUCGGUCCUUUCGGUCCUUUGUUGAAUGGUGCCUAAUCAUCAACACUUGCGUGGUUGCUAUGACGGUUGAUUUGUGGUCAGUUUCACCGACCUUUGAGCAAUCUUUUAGGCGCCUCUGGCCAGCUUUCCUCGUAGCUCAGUCAUUGGAAGUGAGCUUGAUAAUUUAUUGAUCCUUCUUUAAUUGUCACCGUUUUUUUUACUCCAGGUCAAUGGUGAAGCAGAGAAAAUACUUAAAGAGUUUGCCACGCCUAAGAAGGGCAGGUGAAUACUGAUUUUUUUUUUGGUUGAUGAGAGAGAUUCUAACAUACACACGAGCUAGAGAAAAAUCAAUCAAACACAAGGCAAUUGUAGCAUGAUCAGCACUCUUACAAGGUUGUUAGUUGUGGACAAUAAGAUCCAAGGUUAAACUCGUCUACUAAGGAGAGCUCGAUCGUAACAGAAUAGUGGAUGGUGCAUGCAUGUAACUGGCGAUAAAAUCGAACUGGCAGGGUAUUCAUACAUUCCAAAUGACUGGCUCUUCUUGGACCUUCCUCUAUGGAGGCCAACCUACGGUAAAUGGACCGUAGCAUUUUUAUACCCUCGAAGAAGAUUCCCAACUAGAAGUGGAUGAUUUGAGGAAAAAAACCUGUAAAGGGCGUUAUUGCGCGAGAUUCUUAUCUUAUCGUGGCUUUGAAUUCAAAUGACCUGCAUCUCUUGCAGCCUGUGUUGGGUUUGUGUUGGCUUUAAAAAGAGUCGUUGUUUGGGCUCGUCAUCCACUCUUUUUUUAAGCCAAUGACGUGCCUUUUGCAAAAUGAUGGUUUAAAUCAGUAGCAGACAACCUCAAGUUAUGCAAUUUGAAGACCUGAUGAUCGUCGCUGUGGAAACCAAACGACAGAGUGAUUUAAAUCGUCAUUUUGCUAAUAGGCGUGUCUUUGGUUUUAAAGACGAACGGGUGACGAGCCGAAUAUUUUAAGAAUGUUUCUGAAAUUUACCCCUUUUUUCAGCCACGAUGCUGAGGAAAUUCAGCUGAGGCUAGCGGCUCGAUUUGUGAAUGAGUCAGUUCUUUGCCUGCAGGAGGGAAUCUUGAGAAAUCCAGUAAGUGAACCCAUUCGAUGUUAGAAAGUGUAAGUUUGAAAGAAUUCAUGUUUCUUGCUAUAGACCAGUUUACAUCACUGUUGUACGUUCCUGAGACUACUAAGACUUGUCCAGAUGCUGAUACUACGGCCACAUAAACCACCCAAAAUAAGACAGGAAGACAUUUCUUUGAUACCUCUUAUUUUUCCUCGUGUAAAUGGCCCUCAUUCCAUGUUAUACGAAUUUACCAAAUCCCUGUUGAUCAGGGAUUUUUUUAAAACAAGAAAUCUUUUCACCUAAUUUUUAUUUUUUUCUUUUAUUAGGUUGAUGGUGACAUUGGCGCUGUAUUUGGUCUCGGAUUUCCACCUUUCCACGGAGGUAAGUGAUUAAUAUUAUAGAUUACUAGGGCCACAACAUCCCUUUUACAAAUAAGACCCUUGCGAAAUAUUGAAGAAUUAAUAUUGUUGAAUUAAUUGAUACCACUGCCAGUGAGGUUUUUUUUUUAAUGGAAACACCUUAAGAUUUCAUCGCGAGACUUGGAAGUUACUCACUCCUCCAUAGGCUCGCACUGGGUAUUCCAAUAAACUGAAUAGUUAUCUUCCCCCUUGUGUCUCUCCCCCCUUCCCCCCCCUUCCCCCCACCCCCACCCCCGGUAGCCUGCUAGCAAGCUCUCCAUUUGUGGCGAGCAAAGCGAGUCGCGAUAGACCGCGUGAGCGAGCGGCGAAACCGCGAGGGCUCUCGCGUGACUUGUCGCGACUCCCCAAAUGGAGAGCUUGUUCGCACGCUAUCCCCCAGCCUUCCACGGCAAGAGGAGGCCUCUAUGCAGGAGAGUGUAUACAACAUGUUAAAUUUCUUGUCUCGGAGACUGGCUGUGGGAGUGAAAAGGGUCAGAUUAAGUUAGGACUGUUGAUCCAUGGAAAAGUAUUUAUUCAAGUCGUAAAUCUGUCAAUUUUUAGGUCCUUUCCGUUACCUUGAUGCUUAUGGAGCUGACAAGUUUGUUGCCAGAAUGGAAAGAUUACAUGAAACUAUUGGUGGAGAACGCUUUGUUCCCUGUCAGAUGAUGUUAGAUUAUGCCAAAGACCCAACCAAGAAAUUUCACAAGAGAUAA